CCCCCUCCACCCCCUCCCCUCCUCCUCUUCUUUCUCCAAAUGGAGAGAGUUCUUUUUUUUCUUCUUCCAUCUCAUCUAUUGAAUCAAGGAGCUGCUGCGGCCGCUGCCCGCUGCACACACACAGAGCGGAGUCCCCAGGUCCCGGGAGCGAGAGAGGCGCGCUGCACGGGGACAGAAUGGUCCAGCGGGUUGCCGAGGAGCACAAGAAAGCAGAGUCCGGGACCGAGCAGCCACCGCGAACCCAGCAGCCAGAGCCCGAGCAGCAGCUCCUGGAUCCGCCACCGCCAGCAGCAGCCACCGCGGGAGCAGCGGCAGCGGCGGCUGCCCCGGCCCGGCAGCGCUGAGACCCGCCGGGCACCCUCGGACCCCGCGGCGGCGGCGGCUCUGCGCUUGCCCUCCGCGGCCGCUCGGGCGACCCGGGAGGCGCCGAGAGAGCCAGCGCGGCCGGCGGGAGCGGCGGGGAUUCGCUGGCUCUUCCUGCAGUGAAGGGGUCGCGGCGCGGGGCGGGGGGCGGGUAGGGGGUGUUGGGGACCGCAAGGAGUGCCGCGGAAGCGCCCGAAGGACAGGCUCGCUCGGCGCGCCGGCUCUCGCCCUCCCGCGAACUGGAUGUGGGCAGCGGCGGCCGCAGAGACCUCGGGACCCCCGCGCAAUGUGGCAAUGGAAGGCGCAGGGUCUGACUCCCCGGCAGCGGCCGCGGCCGCAGCGGCAGCAGCGCCCGCCGUGUGAGCAGCAGCAGCGGCUGGUCUGUCAACCGGAGCCCGAGCCCGAGCAGCCUGCGGCCAGCAGCGUCCUCGCGAGCCGAGCGCCCAGGCGCGCCAGGAGCCCGCAGCAGCGGCAGCAGUGCGCCGGGCCGCCCGGGAAGCCUCCGUCCCGGCGGCGGCGGCGGCGGCGGCGGCAACAUGGCCUCGGCUGGUAACGUCGCCGAGCCCCAGGACCGCGGCGGCGGCGGCAGCGGCUGCAUCGGUGCCCCGGGCCGGCCGGCUGGAGGUGGGAGGCGCAGACGGACGGGGGGGCUGCGCCGUGCUGCCGCGCCGGACCGGGACUAUCUGCACCGGCCCAGCUACUGCGACGCCGCCUUCGCUCUGGAGCAGAUUUCCAAGGGGAAGGCUACUGGCCGGAAAGCGCCGCUGUGGCUGAGAGCGAAGUUUCAGAGACUCUUAUUUAAACUGGGUUGUUACAUUCAAAAAAACUGCGGCAAGUUCUUGGUUGUGGGCCUCCUCAUAUUUGGGGCCUUCGCGGUGGGAUUAAAGGCAGCGAACCUCGAGACCAACGUGGAGGAGCUGUGGGUGGAAGUUGGAGGACGAGUAAGUCGUGAAUUAAAUUAUACUCGCCAGAAGAUUGGAGAAGAGGCUAUGUUUAAUCCUCAACUCAUGAUACAGACCCCUAAGGAAGAAGGUGCUAACGUCUUGACCACAGAAGCACUCCUACAGCACCUGGACUCCGCGCUCCAGGCCAGCCGUGUCCACGUAUACAUGUACAACAGGCAGUGGAAAUUGGAACAUUUGUGUUACAAAUCAGGAGAGCUUAUCACAGAAACAGGUUACAUGGAUCAGAUAAUAGAGUAUCUUUACCCUUGUUUGAUUAUUACACCUUUGGACUGCUUCUGGGAAGGGGCGAAGUUACAGUCUGGGACAGCGUACCUCCUAGGUAAACCUCCUUUGCGGUGGACAAACUUCGACCCUUUGGAAUUCCUAGAAGAGUUAAAGAAAAUAAACUAUCAAGUGGACAGCUGGGAGGAAAUGCUGAAUAAGGCUGAGGUUGGUCAUGGUUACAUGGACCGCCCCUGCCUCAAUCCAGCCGAUCCAGACUGCCCCGCCACAGCCCCCAACAAAAAUUCAACCAAACCUCUUGAUAUGGCCCUUGUUUUGAAUGGUGGAUGUCAUGGCUUAUCCAGAAAGUAUAUGCACUGGCAGGAGGAGUUGAUUGUGGGUGGCACAGUCAAGAACAGCACUGGAAAACUCGUCAGCGCCCACGCCCUGCAGACCAUGUUCCAGUUAAUGACUCCCAAGCAAAUGUACGAGCACUUCAAGGGGUACGAGUAUGUCUCACACAUCAACUGGAAUGAGGACAAGGCGGCAGCCAUCCUGGAGGCCUGGCAGAGGACAUAUGUGGAGGUGGUUCAUCAGAGUGUUGCACAGAACUCCACUCAAAAGGUGCUUUCCUUCACCACCACGACCCUGGACGACAUCCUGAAGUCCUUCUCUGACGUCAGUGUCAUCCGCGUGGCCAGCGGCUACUUACUCAUGCUCGCCUAUGCCUGUCUAACCAUGCUGCGCUGGGACUGCUCCAAGUCCCAGGGUGCCGUGGGGCUGGCUGGCGUCCUGCUGGUUGCACUGUCAGUGGCUGCAGGACUGGGCCUGUGCUCAUUGAUCGGAAUUUCCUUUAACGCUGCAACAACUCAGGUUUUGCCAUUUCUUGCUCUUGGUGUUGGUGUGGAUGAUGUUUUUCUUCUGGCCCAUGCCUUCAGUGAAACCGGACAGAAUAAAAGAAUCCCUUUUGAGGACAGGACCGGGGAGUGCCUGAAGCGCACAGGAGCCAGCGUGGCCCUCACGUCCAUCAGCAACGUCACAGCCUUCUUCAUGGCCGCGUUAAUCCCGAUUCCCGCUCUGCGGGCGUUCUCCCUCCAGGCAGCGGUAGUAGUGGUGUUCAAUUUUGCCAUGGUUCUGCUCAUUUUUCCUGCCAUUCUCAGCAUGGAUUUAUAUCGACGUGAGGACAGGAGACUGGAUAUUUUCUGCUGUUUUACAAGCCCCUGCGUCAGCAGAGUGAUUCAGGUUGAACCUCAGGCCUACACCGACACGCGCGACAAUACCCGCUACAGCCCCCCACCCCCCUACAGCAGCCACAGCUUUGCCCAUGAAACGCAGAUUACCAUGCAGUCCACUGUCCAGCUCCGCACGGAGUACGACCCCCACACACACGUGUACUACACCACCGCCGAGCCGCGCUCCGAGAUCUCCGUGCAGCCCGUCACCGUGACACAGGACACCCUCAGCUGCCAGAGUCCGGAGAGCACCAGCUCCACAAGGGACCUGCUCUCCCAGUUCUCCGACUCCAGCCUCCACUGCCUGGAGCCCCCCUGUACCAAGUGGACGCUCUCAUCUUUUGCUGAGAAGCACUAUGCUCCUUUCCUCUUGAAACCAAAAGCCAAGGUAGUGGUGAUCUUCCUUUUUCUGGGCUUGCUGGGGGUCAGCCUUUAUGGGACUACCCGAGUGAGAGACGGGCUGGACCUUACGGACAUUGUACCUCGGGAAACCAGAGAAUAUGACUUUAUUGCUGCACAGUUCAAAUACUUUUCUUUCUACAACAUGUAUAUAGUCACCCAGAAAGCAGACUACCCGAAUAUCCAGCACUUACUUUACGACCUUCACAGGAGUUUCAGUAACGUGAAGUAUGUCAUGUUGGAAGAAAACAAACAGCUUCCCAAAAUGUGGCUGCACUACUUCAGAGACUGGCUUCAAGGACUUCAGGAUGCAUUUGACAGUGACUGGGAAACCGGGAAAAUCAUGCCAAACAAUUACAAGAACGGAUCAGACGAUGGAGUCCUUGCCUACAAACUCCUGGUGCAAACCGGCAGCCGCGAUAAGCCCAUCGACAUCAGCCAGUUGACUAAACAGCGUCUGGUGGAUGCAGAUGGCAUCAUUAAUCCCAGCGCUUUCUACAUCUACCUGACGGCUUGGGUCAGCAAUGACCCUGUCGCGUAUGCUGCCUCCCAGGCCAACAUCCGGCCGCACCGCCCGGAAUGGGUCCACGACAAAGCCGACUACAUGCCUGAAACAAGGCUGAGAAUCCCGGCAGCAGAGCCCAUCGAGUAUGCCCAGUUCCCUUUCUACCUCAACGGCUUGCGGGACACCUCAGACUUUGUGGAGGCGAUUGAAAAAGUAAGGACCAUCUGCAGCAACUAUACGAGCCUGGGGCUGUCCAGUUACCCCAACGGCUACCCCUUCCUCUUCUGGGAGCAGUACAUCGGCCUCCGCCACUGGCUACUGCUGUUCAUCAGCGUGGUGCUGGCCUGCACGUUCCUCGUGUGCGCCGUCUUCCUUCUGAACCCCUGGACGGCCGGGAUCAUUGUGAUGGUCCUGGCACUGAUGACGGUCGAGCUCUUUGGCAUGAUGGGCCUCAUCGGAAUCAAGCUCAGCGCCGUGCCCGUGGUCAUCCUGAUCGCUUCUGUUGGCAUCGGAGUGGAGUUCACCGUUCACGUUGCUUUGGCCUUUCUGACGGCCAUCGGUGACAAGAACCGCAGGGCUGUGCUUGCCCUGGAGCACAUGUUUGCGCCCGUCCUGGACGGGGCCGUGUCCACUCUCCUGGGAGUGCUGAUGCUUGCGGGAUCUGAGUUCGACUUCAUUGUCAGGUAUUUCUUUGCUGUGCUGGCGAUCCUCACCAUCCUCGGCGUUCUCAAUGGGCUGGUUUUGCUUCCCGUGCUUUUGUCUUUCUUUGGACCAUAUCCUGAGGUGUCUCCAGCCAACGGCUUGAACCGCCUGCCCACACCCUCCCCUGAGCCACCCCCCAGCGUGGUCCGGUUCGCCAUGCCCCCCGGCCACAUGCACAGCGGGUCUGAUUCCUCCGACUCGGAGUAUAGUUCCCAGACGACCGUGUCAGGCCUCAGCGAGGAGCUUCGGCACUACGAGGCCCAGCAGGGCGCGGGAGGCCCUGCCCACCAAGUGAUCGUGGAAGCCACAGAAAACCCCGUCUUCGCCCACUCCACCGUGGUCCAUCCCGAAGCCAGGCAUCACGCACCCUCGAACCCGCGACAGCAGCCCCACCUGGACUCAGGGUCCCUGCCUCCCGGACGGCAAGGCCAACAGCCCCGCAGGGACCUCCCCAGAGAAGGCUUGUGGCCACCCCCGUACAGACCGCGCAGAGACGCUUUUGAAAUUUCUACUGAAGGGCGUUCUGGCCCUAGCAAUAGGGACCGCUGGGGCCCGCGCGGGGCCCGUUCUCACAACCCUCGGAGCCCAGCGUCCACUGCCAUGGGCAGCUCCGUGCCCGGCUACUGCCAGCCCAUCACCACUGUGACGGCGUCUGCCUCCGUGACUGUCGCCGUGCACCCACCGCCUGUCCCCGGGCCUGGGCGGAACCCCCGAGGAGGGCUCUGUCCGGGCUACGAGGGCUACCCCGAGACGGACCAUGGCCUGUUCGAGGACCCCCACGUGCCUUUCCAUGUGCGGUGUGAGAGGAGGGAUUCGAAGGUGGAAGUCAUUGAGCUGCAGGACGUGGAGUGCGAGGAGAGGCCCCGGGGAAGCAGCUCCAACUGAGGGUGAUUAAAAUCUGAAGCAAAGAGGCCAAAGAUUGGAAACCCCCCACCCCCACGUCUUUCCAGAACUGCUUGAAGAGAACUGCUUGGAGUUAUGGAAAAGAUGCCCUGCACCAGGACAGCAGUUCACUGUUACUGUAACCGAUUGUAUUAUUUUGUUAAAUAUUUCUAUAAAUAUUUAAGAGGUGUACACAUGUGUAAUAUAGGAAGGAAGGAUGUAAAGCUCUGAUCUGCGGCUUCUCCACGCCUGCCCCGGAGUGCGGAGGCCACAGCGGGGCCUGUCUGUAUUCGAGCAUUGGGCUCCGUGCCACAACCAAGCUUCAUUAGUCUUAAAUUCCAGCAUAUGUUGCUGCUGCUUAAAUAUUGUAUAAUUUACUUGUAUAAUUCUAUGCAAAUAUUGCUUAUGUAAUAGGAUUAUUUUGUAAAGGUUUCUGUUUAAAAUAUUUUAAAUUUGCAUAUCACAACCCUGUGGUAGUAUGAAAUGUUACUGUUAACUUUCAAACACGCUAUGCGUGGUAAUUUUUUUGUUUAAUGAGCGGAUAUGAAGAAAGCACGUUAAUCCUGGUGGCUUCUCUAGCUGUCGUGUGCGGUCCUCUUGUUUGGUUGUGCGUGUGAACACGUGUGUGAGUUCACCAUGUACUGUACUGUGAUUUUUUUUUUUGUCUUGUUUUGUUUCUCUGCACUGUCUGUAACCUUUAGUAGGCUCUGACCUAGUCAGGCUGGAAGCGUCAGGAUAUCCUUUAUUACUUUGUGCUGGUGAGGGCUGGCCCUAAACAUCCACCCAAUCCUUUCGAAUCAGCCCAGCAAAAGCUAGACUCUCCUCGUGUCCACGGUAUCUCUUACGAUCGUUGGCUGCCAUCCAGGACCCCAAUUUGUGCUUCAGGGGAAUCAGCUCCUUCUCCCGGAUCCUUGUGAUGGAUGCUGGAACCUCAGGGUGUGGAGCUCACAUCAGUUCACCAUCGUGGGUGUUACAGAAUUGGGUGACAUGCCUAGUGCUGAGCUUUGGCUGGGCUGUGAGAGUAUGUACACUCUAAAAAGGUGCAGCAUUGUGCCCCUCUUGCAACCAACACACACAUGACCCCUCCCCCAACACCCCCAAAUUCAAGAGUGGAUGUGGCCCUGUCACAGGUAGAAAAACCUAUUUGGUUAAUUCUUGGCCCACAAUCACCCAGAAACGAUGUUUUGAGUCCCUGUGGUUUAAACUCCCUCUCUUAAAUGGAGCAGCUGGUUGAGGCUUUCUGGAUCCGUUUGCGUCUUCUUUAAAAAUAAACGGUGAGCAUGCUUUGUGGUGGUGCGGAGGCAGGCAUUCUGCAGGAUAAGAGCUCCAGUGGGGUUCGUGCACCAGCGUUUAGGGUGCGCACUUCCUAAAUAAAUCCAAACAUCGUCUCCAUGUUCCCCGUCAUUAGUGCUCUUUCAGUGUGAUACGGGAAAGCAGGCGGGUAGAUACACCCCACUGGAGGAGGUGGGCAGCGGCAGGUCUCAGCCAGGCAUAGUUUUUAAGUUGCUUCUGUACUGGUUCUCUUCUUUUGCUCUGAGGUGUGGGCUCCCUCACCUUGUAGCCAGAGACCAGCACAUGGCAAGGAAGCACCCAGUGUCGGCUCCCCGUCCAAAUCCACACCAGCGCCUUGUUACAAGAAGUCAGAGGAAAGGGCCGGGUCCCUGCAAGACUGAAGCCUGAGCUACUGUGAGGCGCUCACGAGUGGCAGCUCCUCUUAUUCCCUUUUAAAUUACAUGGGAAAUCUUAACGGAAAGGUAAUGGGCCCCCAGAAAUACCCGCAGCGUAGUGACCUCAGACCCUGAUACUCACCACGAAACUCUAAGAUGCAGAUUGGGAGCUGCUUGUGGCUGCUGGCUGUGUGUGUGUGUGACUCUGCUGGGGACCCUGGCCACCCCCUGCUGCUGUCUUGGUGCCUGUCACCCACACGGUCUGCCGACCUCACACCCAGCUCUGCUCAGAAAGCGUGUCCUGCGUGGAGAAGGGACGAUGCGAAAUUCUGAAGUCGACUUCCCUCUGGCUCCUGGCGUGCCCUCACUCCCUUCCUGAGCCCAGCUCGUGGUGCGCCAGAGCCUGUGCGGCCCCUGACUUCUGCACGGUGUAGAACUUCCUCCCAUAGUCACAUUGGCAAAGGGAGAACUGGGGGGCUGGCAGGGAAUUAGAAUUUCUCUCUCUCUUUGAAUAGUUUUAUUUUGUCUGUCCUGUUUGUUCAUUUGGAUGUUUUAAUUUUAAAAGAAAAGAACUUUGCUGAUAUUUAUAAUUUUGUAUCAUAAGAAUGUUUUCCUCUACAGUAUUUGUCAUGCCAGUUUAUAACAAAAAAAUGCAGGGAUUUUAUUUCUAUUGGAAACAUUACAGCUAUGUUUUACUUUUGGACAGAAUUUUUAUUUGUAUAGAGUGCUUACUAAUGUUAAAUAGUUCAGAGUAUAUAACAUUCACAUUGAGAACUCAUGGUAGGUUUUAGGGUAAGGAGUUUAAAGGAAAUAAAUAUUCAAACUGGGUCUCAUUGCCAAUUUUGGUGGAAAUGAGUUUGUGUCAUUUCAAUUACAAAGAUAAAAGUAUGCCAUAUAAUUUAUUUAUAUGAAGAUUUAUUUUUGUAGUGUACAUAGUAGUCAUCAAGUCUUUUGACAGAAGUAUAUUUUUAAAGAAUUUAUAUGUGAUGAAUCCGCAAUGUCUGGAACUUGGCCGAGACAUGAGUGGGGCACAGUUUCAUUGUAAAUUACAGCAAGGAAAGAAAAUGUUUACCAGUGUUAAGAGAGAGCAGAGUGGAUAUUCAUGCGAUUGUCAAGUGUUUAUCAGUUACCAUUGGUGACCUAGCAUGCUUCUCAUUUCAAACCUUGGAAGGUGAAAAUGUACAAACUCUCUAAAUAUUAAUGUUCAAACACUGAUAGAAAUUCUAACAUGAAUAAAAAAUAAUAUAACUUGUUGGUUAUAUCUUUGUUUGUAGAAUGCUUUUUUCCUUAAAAUACUUGGGAGAGGCGGUUAGUGUUGGAGCCAUCAGAAACCUGUUUCAUCUUGCUGACCUUGUGACACUCUUCUUUUUUGCUCUGUCUGAUGGAGACGGUUUUAUGUUUUUCUCCUUUUUGUUUUGUAUAAAUAGUGGGUACAAGCAUAGCUCUGUUACAUGGAUGUAUUACAAAGUGGGGGCUGAGCUUUUAGUGUGACCAUCAUCCAGACAGUGUACAUUGUACCCAUUCAUUCAUUUCUUAUCACCCAGCCCUAUUUUUGUUUUCUCAUACCAAGAAACUUCCUAAGUUAACCAUCAAAAUUAGUCCUUCUGUCAUCUCUCUUAGCAUACUUAUUUCCCUUCUGUGAUGCCUAAUAAUGAGGGAACAUAAAGCCAAAUUAAAAGAUGA